AUGCCAUCUUCAAUCAGUGAUAAUGAGGAAGGUCAAGAGGUGAAAGGCCCAAAUGAGGCUGAUGAAAUGAAUGAAAUGUCACAAGUGAAUGGUGAAGUCGUAACCACACAGCCGCGGGCUACCUCUGAACUUCGAGAUUGGAACUCUGAUCUAUUCCAUUGUCAUAAGGAUAUUGGAAACUGUUUUCUUGUCGCCUGCUGUCCAAUGUGUGCAGCCGGGUAUGAGUUAUACAAGCAUGACGAAAACCCUAUUCUUGGUUGUUGUUUUAAUGGAGUCCUCAUGGCCUUUAUCGCGCAAUAUCGGGCAAGAAACCAAAUUAAAGGCAGCCUUUGUUCGGAUUGUCUGACUUCGAUGUUCUGUGGACCUUGCGCAUUGUGCCGUCUACAUCGUGACUAUCAAGAAUUAGGAAAUUAA